AUGUCUGAACGUAAAGUAUUGAAUAAAUAUUUCCCACCGGAUUUCGAUCCUUCGAAGAUCAAACGUCGAAAAGGUAUGAAGGAUCCUCAACAGGUCAUCAGAUUGAUGGCUCCUUUUUCUAUGAGGUGUAAUAGGUGUGGGGAGUAUGUAUAUAAGGGAAAGAAAUUCAACGCGAGGAAGGAAACGGCGGUAGGGGAAGAAUAUUAUGGGAUUAAGAUUUUCAGGUUUUAUAUCAAAUGCCCCAUGUGCUCGUCUGAAAUCACAUUCAAAACCGACCCUAAAAACGCCGACUACAUAUGCGAACAUGGUGCCACCCGUAACUUCGAGAAUUGGUCUGAUGCGGAUCCGAACAAGAGGGUUGGUGCAAUGCCCGACGCUGCUGCGGACGAUGAGUACGAUUCAGAUGGGAAUCCGACCGAGGCGAAGGUAGAGAAGGAUGCUAUGGCUGAUUUGGAACGGAGUCAGGAACAGAGUAGAAGGGAGAUGGAAAUGAUGGAUGAGCUAGCCGAUUUGAGACAACGAAACGCACGACUCGAACUAUCGAAUGUAAACGCCGACCCUGACGCCCUCCUUGCAGCCCUUCAUGCGGAGCGUGAAUCCGCCGCUGAAGAAGUCAAGCGCAGAGCUGAGGAAGAAGAAGACGACGCUUUAGUCAAACAGUACUUUUCCAAGAUCAACCCUACCAUUGUCCCACCCAUUACCGAUAUCAAAGGCAAAGGCAAGCAGAAAGCUGUGGACCAGGAUGCAUCCAACGAAGAUGAUGAGAAUGGAGAGGACAGCGAGAAGUCCGACAGUGAAGAAGAGACGGGAAGCAUGUUGCCGGCUCUGACGAUCAAACGUAGGCCAGUGGAAGGGACAGCGGAACCAACUGUCGCUAGUAUCCUCGCUGCGAAAGGGAAAGCAAUAGACGUGGUAGGAGCUGGCAACUCCGGAUCGAACGGGAUCAACGGGAGUUCUACGUCGCAAAUGCAGAUCAAGAGGAAGAGAGAGGGGAUGCAGAAAUUAUUAGGUAUCAAGAAGAAGGUCAAGGUGUAG